AUGGCUGAUACUGGUGGCUGGAGUACCAUUGAAUCCGACGAGGGUGUCUUCACCUCUCUCGUCGAGAACCUCGGCGUACAAGGAAUUCAAUUCGAAGAACUCAUUUCCCUCGACCCAGACACAAUCCGCUCGCUCGGAACAGUCUACGGCGUAAUCUUCCUCUUCAAAUACCUCCGCCCCCAACCCUCCACCUCCACCACCCCUUCAACCCAAGACGGCACCCCAGCCUCCCCCUCAACCCUCCCAGACUCCUUCUUCUUCGCAAACCAGACAAUCCAAAACGCCUGCGGCACACAAGCAAUCCUCUCCGUCCUCCUAAACCACGACUCCGCGAGCCCCGAAAACAACAACACGCCCAUCACGCUCGGCGCCGAACUCUCCUCCUUCAAGGACUUCACAACGGGUUUCCCCUCGGACCUCCGCGGCGAGGCGCUCUCCAACUCCGAGGCCAUCCGCACAGCGCACAAUGCGUUUGCGCGCGCGAGCCCCUUUGUCGACGAGACGAGUCGGCCGCAGAAUGAGGAUGAGGAAGGGGAUGUCUAUCACUUUAUUGCGUAUACCCCCGUGAACGGGGUGUUGUAUGAGCUCGACGGGUUACAGGCGAAUCCGAUCUCGCAUGGUCCGUGUGAUGCGGCGACGUUCCCGGAGAAGGUGAUUGAGGUCUUGCAGAGGAGGAUUGCGAGGUAUCCCGAGACGGAGACACGGUUCAAUCUUAUGGCUGUCGUAAGGGAUUUGCGAGUUCGAGCGCAGGAAAUGGGGGAUGUGGAGGCUUUGAGGGUGGAGGAGAGCAAGAGGGCUGGGUGGGCGUGGGAGAAUUCGUUGAGGAGGUCGAAUUUUGUCGGGUUUAUUGGUGAGGUGCUCAAGGGGGUGACUGCGAUGAAGGAGAAGGAGGGAGAGGGUGCGGUUGAGGAGUGGGUGAAGAAGGCUCAGGGGGAGACGGCGAGGAGGUUGAGGCGUUAG